GAAGAUAUUGAUGUGAACGUCCUGGGCAAACAGGCACAUAAGGCUUAAUGUGGUUAUGAAGGGCUUGGCACAGAGCCGUUGGGCUGCAUGUAUGAUGCUUGAGUUUACUUAACUGAGCAUCCCUCCUUAUGCAUACUGGAACAGACACAUGGUUAGUGGCAUUGACAAACUCCUCACACACACAUGUUGGGCGCAGCUGACAGCUCAUCUCUAGGUUGCAGACAGAGAGGGGCAGAGGAAGACAUCCAACACCUUCUCAUUUACUAAUGCUGUUUCUCAGGUUUAAGCAAACUCUUUUUGCGUAUUAACUCUGAACUCCUCUCCCUGCGCGCGCCGUGUCCGCUGCGAUGAACGCCUCGCGCUCCGUCAGCAUGGGAAUCCCCACUCAAGUCCCUAACAGCCCCGUGGUGACCGUGGACACUCUCGCCGCGUGGAAUUACAGCGAAGUGAGCGCGCACCAGCUGAUGGAGCUGCCGGCGCGAGCCACCACGGUGGCAAUGGUGCAGGAUGUUCAACAUCCUUUCCCCACAGUGGAUGUUCCAGACCACGCUCACUACACUAUCGGCUCUGUCAUUCUGGCAGUGGGCAUCACCGGCAUGGUGGGAAACUUCUUGGUCAUGUAUGCCUUCUGCAAGAGUAGGAGUCUGAGAACACCAGCCAACAUGUUCAUCAUUAAUCUGGCUGUCACUGACUUUCUAAUGUGUGUCACUCAGACACCAAUCUUCUUCACCACCAGUCUGCACAAGCGAUGGAUCUUUGGGGAAAAAGGUUGUGAGUUAUAUGCAUUCUGUGGUGCUCUGUUUGGAAUCUGCUCAAUGAUCACACUCAUGAUUAUUGCAGUUGAUCGAUACUUUGUGAUCACUCGUCCUUUGGCCUCUAUUGGCGUCAUGUCACGCAAACGAGCCCUGUUGAUACUUUCUGCUGCUUGGGCGUACUCUAUGGGCUGGAGCCUUCCUCCGUUCUUUGGAUGGAGUGCAUAUGUCCCUGAAGGUCUGCUGACGUCCUGUUCAUGGGAUUACAUGACUUUCAGUCCUUCUGUACGUGCCUACACAAUGCUGCUCUUUACUUUUGUUUUCUUCAUCCCCCUCUUUGUCAUCAUUUAUUGCUACUUCUUCAUCUUCAGGGCCAUCCGAGAUACCAACAGAGCUGUGGGAAAAAUCAAUGGAGAAGGAGGACCCAGAGACUCUAUCAAGAAGAUGCAUCAAAUGAAAAAUGAAUGGAAGAUGGCAAAGAUAGCGCUCAUAGUGAUCCUUUUGUAUGUCAUCUCCUGGUCUCCAUACUCUUGUGUGGCUCUUACCGCUUUCGCUGGCUAUGCUGACAUGCUCACACCCUACAUGAACUCUGUGCCUGCUGUGAUUGCCAAAGCAUCCGCCAUCCACAACCCAAUCAUCUAUGCCAUCACUCACCCCAAAUACAGGUCUGCCAUUGCAAAGUAUAUACCAUGUCUAGGAGUGCUGCUAUGUAUACCACAUAGAGACCGGUUCAGCAGCAGUAGCUUUAUGUCCACACGACGCUCCACUUUGACUAGCCAGUCCUCAGAGACCAGCAGCAACAUGCACCGUGCCGGGAAGACACGCUUGUCCUCUGUGUCUGACAGCGAGUCGGGCUGGACAGACACAGAAGCAGAUCUCUCCAGCACAAGUUCGCGCCCUGCUAGUCGUCAGGUCUCAUCUGACAUCCGAAAAGAUUUGUCUGACUUCAAGCACAGCAGCUCUCUGAGGCUGAAGGUCAAGAGCAGAGACUCGGGUAUCUUUGACAGAACCUCGGCCCAGAGUCUAGCCGAGCCAAACUUGAGCCGGACCUGUACAUACAUCAGCACGGUGAUUGACAAAGAUGAGAUCUCCAUAACUGAGCCAAAUAUUAUCUCAGAGAACGUUGAUGAGAAAAGACAGCUGGCUCGGAUCCCUUCCAUCAUUGUUACAUCAGAAUCCAGUCCUGCCCUCCACAGCUGUGGCCCCUCCAGACAGCUCCCAGGUGCUUCGGUGGACGCAGCCUCUGUCACUGCAGAAACUUCUGAGAUUGACUGAAUAUGGGCUGCACUACCACUUAUUUAUACUUCAGGACACCAUCUUCAACAGACUCUGGGUCAUCGGACUUAUCCCUUCCUCCUUUUUGUCUCCUUUACACAGGGCUCAAAAAUGAACCUGCAUGCAGUCACAACUGACAUCUGAAAUUUGGCUGUGUCAUUAUUGUUGUACUACUGUUUUGAGGUGGAAAAUGGGCAACCACAGGCUACAGGGUAAACAGGGUCUUUAUUUUUAUAAGAGGACACCCUUUAAGGUUUUUUUUUAGUGAUGUGGAGAUGAUCCUCUCCUCUCAGGGAUGAAUAUGACAGUUCUGUGGGGAAAGCAGCUAUCAGUGUCUCAGUUAUGGAUUGACAUUGAAUAGAGAAUAUGUAUUCAGAUACAUCCAUCCCUGCUUUAUCCAUAAAAAGGUUGUGCUGUAGGCCAUAGGAAUAAACCGUUCCCUGCGCCUGCACAAGAUCAAAAAUAACACAUGAUGUGACGUGAAGAUUUAAACGGCUAGUUUUUACAUAGCCAGAAAUUGUUGUCUAUAAAACGUAGAGCCCUGUCUACAGGUGUAAUCAGAAAUGUGGAUCGUUUAAUGUUUCUUUCAAGGUAAAGUGUGUAAUUUUGU